AUGCGGCCAGGAGGAGAUGGCUGCGAUCAAUUCCACCGCGACACUGAACACGUUGCUCUCCCUUCUCAACCUUACGUGCACACCACCAGCGACUGGCAGCCCUUUCAGGAAUGGGGGAGGCAGUCCCUUCACUACGGCGAGUGGAAGUUGCUACUACUGGGACCCCUCAGAACCAGCGUCCAGCGUCAGCUGCUCCACCGUGGACUUCACAGCACGACAGCCCCUGUGCUACUGCAAAUCUUCGACCUGAUGCUGGCCUGCAAAGCCAGGAGCAGAGUUUUGCAACAGCAGGCAAAGACCUGA